UUCGGAAGGCGUAUCUGGGCGGUCAUAUCCACUCCUCAGUAGCUUCCUAUUAUCACUUAUUCUAAAAAACGGUUUAAAAUCAAGUGUCAGCUAAGCUUUUAUGGUGUUUGGAUCUCAGUAGACAGAUGUCUAACGCACCAGAGCUCCCCAAAAAAGAAAAGGAGGAGGUUUCUUCAGAACCAGAGGAGCAAUCUGAAGACAGCAGUGAGGACGAAGCUGCACAAGAUACAGAAAUGGACUUUCUGCAUAACCUCUUCUCCAACACUCUGGGGCUCAGCUCAGCAGAGAAAGUUCUGGACGCCCUGACUUUGGAGGGCGUGGCACGAUACAUAACCAGUGGCAAAUGUAAAAACAUCAUCUGCAUGGUUGGAGCAGGAAUAUCAACAUCUGCUGGGAUCCCAGACUUCCGCUCACCGGGAACUGGCCUGUAUGCAAAUUUGCAAAAAUAUAACCUGCCCUACCCAGAGGCCAUUUUUCAAAUAGAUUACUUUAAGAAACAUCCAGAGCCAUUCUUCAUUUUGGCAAGGGAGCUUUACCCGGGACAGUUUAAGCCUACAAUCUGUCACUACUUCAUGAAGAUGAUGAAGGACAAGGGGCUCCUGAAGCGUUGCUACACACAGAACAUUGACACUCUGGAGCGAGAAGCCGGGCUGGAAGGGGACGACCUCAUCGAGGCUCACGGAACGUUCCACACGUCACACUGCGUCAGCUCCUUCUGCAGCAAACAGUACUCCCUGGACUGGAUGAAAGAACAAAUUUUCUCUGAUGAAAUUCCCAAAUGUGAAAAGUGCAGCAGUCUGGUCAAACCAGAUAUUGUCUUUUUUGGGGAGAGUCUGCCUUCUCGUGUCUUCUCUACCGUGAAGAAGGAUUUUCCUCAUUGUGACCUGCUCAUCAUCAUGGGGACGUCUCUGCAGGUCCAGCCGUUUGCAAGUUUAAUCAGCAGGGUUUCAAAAAGUUGCCCCCGGCUGCUUAUUAAUAUGGAGAAAGCAGGAGAGGCUGAUCCGAUGUUAGGGUUUCUGGGUUUUGGAGGAGGUAUGGACUUCGACUCAGAAAAGGCUUACAGAGAUGUGGCUCAGAUCAGCUCCUGUGAUGACGGCUGCUUGGCUCUGGCCGACUUGUUGGGCUGGAAGGCGGAGCUGGAGGAGCUGGUGAAGAUGGAACAUGCCAGGAUCGAUAACCAGGAUGAGAAAGAGAAGUCCGGUGAAAGCAAAGGAGCUGCAGCUGAGGCCACUUCUGCUUCAGCAGGUCCACAACUCAAAGCAGAGGAGUGACUGAGGAGAGCUCCUCGUUUUAAUCAUGUUGCAGUGUAA